UCCUCCCUCUGUACAGAGGAGUGGACUACCCUGUACAUGUAGUUUAAGCUCUUGCAGCUGUCUCAGCAGGGUGUGGUGACGGAGAGGAAUAGCAGUUUUCUUUUCAGUCUCAGCAGUAGUCUGCUGCCAUGUCUACAUUAACAUCAGCACCACAUUUUCUGGCUUUCCUCAUUUCACUUUGGAUACUUUCUCUGGCUGCAGACCAUCACGAGGUAAUAGUGAAGGAUGGAGAGGACGUCACUCUUCACUGUCAGGCUCCCAGAGAUGCUCAGAUUAACAUGUUUGAGUGGAUCAGACCUGAUCUAGAGUCAGAUGGUUACAUCUUCCGGUUCAUACCAGAAGAGUCAACUACAGUAAACCAGCACUCCUCAUAUCGAGGUCGAGUGGAGCUGAGAGAUCCAGACAUGAAGGAUGGAGACCUUUCUGUUGUUCUGAAGGACGUCAGCGUCAGCGACACCGGAACAUACCGGUGUCGAGUUGGAAUCAGUGGGGGAGGAAAACCUAAAGUCUACAGCACCAUCCAGCUGAUUGUCUCAGACCCAGGUUCCGAGGAUGGAAACUCCUCUCCUGUAGGCCUCCUCGUUGGACUGGCAGCAGUUGGACUGGUUCUUGGAGCUGUUGCAGUGGCUGGUUUCCUUAAAUAUAAAAGAUGUAAGAACAAGAGAUCAGGACCGUCUGCUGCUGAUGAUGAUAAAGCAUCGGCCGUUCAGUUCAUCUGACAACUCCCAGCUCUCUUUACACCAGACUGCUUUCUCAUGUGUUGUAUAUACUGUAUUCAACACUUUUUCCUUCUGGUUGAA